AUGCCUCUCCGUCUUCUGCGUCUGUUGCUCCGCUCUCCAACCAGUCUCGAAACCACAUUCGCGCAUAGAUUCUUUGACACAAAGGUCUCCCAACAGCCUCAGGAUGAUUUCCAAAGUCGACUCUUCAAACCCCCGUCUCGGUGGGGCUCUGACGUCUGUACCGUGAGGCUCUCACCGACUACGUCACCCGACAGAGGCUGUGAUGGUUCGACUUGGGUCAACAAGCCAGCGCUGGCAAACCAUGAUCCCCACUGCCGAGUUGUACAAGACCGAUACCUCACCGACACAACACGGCUACCAGUUUGCGGUGAGGAUUACCUACUGUCAUUUCAGCAUCUAAAGAGGUGGGCAGUCAAAAAAUACUUGACGCCUGUGGUAGCAGUCACGGGUUACGUCAGGUCUAAUCACAAGGUAUUGGGUAGUGUCAAACGUCGCAAUCAUGUGUUGACGUUUGACCAUCUCGUGCAACCGUCACAUCAUAGUGCCUACACUCCUUGGGAACCAAGCUUACCUGUAAACGAAGUUCGAAUGUGCAUCCAAGAUGGCAUUUGUUCUGAUAUUAGUAACUUCUGUGCCUGCCUCCAGUACUGUAACUCAUACUCUUGGCAUUUCUGCCAUCCGCGCACAUGA